AUGGAUACAGAAGAAAAAAUUGCUGCCAAUUGUUUUCUCAAGAACAACCGCCUUAAGCACCAAACCACUCAAGAAAACAAUCAAGUAAUAGGUCGUAGCGGAGCACCCACAAUCAUUCUUGAAGCAGUUGCAGAUUAUGAUCUAUGGAUAUGA